CAUGAACACAGUAUGAAGAUAAACCUGCUGGAGUUUGAUGUAUAACAUUAAUGUUCAGACCCUGUGUUUAUUCAGUUUGGAAAUGGAAGUUGAAGAAAUGUUACAACUGGCAAUAAUCAAGGUUGUGGAUCCAGAUUGUAUUUGGGGGCAAACUAGGAAAGGACCUGGAAGUUCUCAAGACUACAAGAACCUGCAGGUUAAAAUGAAUCUCUUCUAUCACAAUGUCAACCUGGAUGUGAAGAAAGUAAAGCCAUCAUCGUUGGAGAAGGGACAGGUGUGUGUGGUGUUUUGGCCAGAGAAGAAGAGCUGGUGUAGGGCCAAAGUGGAGUCUCUGUUCCUGGGAUCAGGAAGAAGUCAGGCUACUUGCUUCUUAGUUGACCACGGAGAGCAUGUCGUCGUCAGCACAGAUGAUGUGAGGGCUCCACUCGAUAAGUUCCUGCAGCUCCCUUUCCGGGUGUUAAGGUUCAGAUUAGCUCGGAUUCACCCAAUGAAACUCAAAGUGCACAUCAUCAGUGAAACAGCAGAGCUAGUUCCAUCUCCUCAGUGGGACAGUUCUGCUACUAAAUACAUCCACAAUCUCCUACAAGCAUCUACAUCGGUGGAGGCCAUUCCUUAUGGAACACAUGAUGAUGAUUGCACAGCUAUUGAGCUGUUUCUGACCAUCAGAAAUAUGAAGAUCUGUGUAAAUGAUGAUUUGGUGAUAAAAAGGUUUGCGUGUUCCUCAAGUGAGAAGUCUUUAGGGGAUCCGAGUGGGUUUGUGGUUCCAUCCCCUGUUAGCUUGUCCUGGGACAUUUUCAGCAGUCCUCAACACAUUCUGAAAACGAGUGGCUUCUGUUCGUUAGCGUCUGCACCUUCACAUCUUCUAAACUGGAAAAACGAGAGAGAUUAUUUCAUACGUCAUCAUGAGAAAUCUUCAGUGAAGUCACUUGUUCCCAACGGAGCAGAAUCUGCUGUAAAAAAGUCUGAUGGACAAGACGUAUGUGAAGGAUGUGACACAAGUUCCAUCCCCAAGAGAACGGAGGAAGGGGAAGUAAAGUUUGGGGACUUUGAAGAAUCAAACAGAGAGAAUACAGAAUGUGCCCUUGCAGAGCAGUUGUCUGAAAAUCUAGACUUGAUUAGAUUUCUGAAGUUUUUGAACCCCUUCUCAAAUUCAGACUUGAGUGCCAACCGUGAUGAGACUGACGAUAAUCAGAAGACUUCAAGCAUUUGUGAUGAAACAGCAGAGAUACAGAAUGACUUCAGUAGUACAAGCUUCAUCCCCACAGUGCAAAGAGAACCAGCUCUCACUCCAGAGACAAGAACCAAAGAGCAGGUUACCUGUGCCAGAUUGCGACAGUUGCUGAACCCAGAUCCGAUAAUUUCAGACUCCGAAUCUCUUGACGAUAAUACUGCAUGCUGUGAAACCAGCCAGAGUGGAGUUUUGGUGCACUCAUCUGUCACUAUUAACCCCUGUAGAUCCCUGACCCAGGCUCCAAUCACUGAGCAUUUCCAAAAGUACUUGAUGAGAAGAAAGUAUACAGGCCCAGGCCUGGCUGAGAGUUACUGCUGGCCUUCAGUGGCACGAGGCUGUGAUACGGUGCUGAUAAGCCACUGUGGAGAUGACCCACUGUCCUACAUCCCACCUCUGCUAGCUCAGCUCCAGUUGGCCUCUUUGUUCAGUGCCCUCACUGCACACACUGGGCCCAUAGCAGUGAUCGUUUGUCCAGGUUGGGAAAAGGUGGAGUCCGUGCUGGAGCUGUUAAAGGAAAGUCGGGCAGCGGUGAAUCUUCAUCCCGCCGCUGUACUGGUUGGACUAAGUGAGAAUGAGGCCAAACAAACCAAGAUUCCAAACAACUGUCAGCUGCUGGUCACCACCCCGUUUAGCCUGGCCAGGUUACUGGAGGUGCAGUUCUUCUACUUUCAUAGGCUCUGUCACCUGAUUUUGGAUGAGGCUCAUAAUCUCUUCUCAAGAGCUCCUGAACAGAUGACUGCCAUCUUACAACAUUAUCAGAAAGUGGUGUCCAGAGAGGAGAGAACUGUGUGUGCACAGCAGCUUAUUGCUGUAGGCAGUCAUUGGUGUCAGGAGCUGACGACUGUGGUCCGGAAUCACAUGGUUAAUCCCUGCAUCAUUAUCACCGUGCCGGAAGAAGCAGCUUUAUACGGUGGGGUUCAACAGACAAUACUCAUGUGUCUGGACUGUAAUAAGACCUCGGUGCUGCUCGGCUCUUUGGACUUCAGCCCUUCUGUUCCCCAGAAAACGCUUUUCAUCACUAACUCAGCAGAGGAGGUAGAGCACGUGUACAAGGCUGUCAGCAACACAGCAGCGUUCGCUCUCAAAGUCCACGAGGGUCUCACCUACCAGUUUGAUGCUGUGAUUGAACAGUGGAGAAAAGACAUUGGACCAGGCACACAGGUUAUAUUGGUGACCACCAAUGACUGUUUAAAGGCCCUUGGUAUCAGGGAUGCCACGUGCGUGUUGCACUAUGGUUUCCCCAGUUCCCCUAAACUGUUUGGGAAACGCAUGUUGUGCAUGGUUGAGAACUUUCGGAAUCUCUCCUAUAAGAAUCACUCUGAGGCCUCGUCUUCUGCGGUGCGUUCUGUGUUGCUGCUGUCAGAGCAGAAUUCUCGUCAGGUGUCUGGGGUGCUGCGCUACCUGAAGCGUACAGACACUCCACUGCCACCAGAGCUUCUGCAGUUUGCUCAUGGCAUCCAGCAGGCCAAGGAGAACCUGAAAGCUGAUCGUGGUCUCUGCAGCUAUCUGAAGAGCCUGGGCUUCUGCAGAGACAUCACAAGUUGCCCAGACAGACACACAAUCAACAAAAUUCUUGAUUGUCCCCAACACCCAGACUCUGGUACUGUUUUGGUGUUGCCUCUUUACAUCAAGACCGCGAACGUGUAUUAUGGACGUAUUGUGGACCAGAAAGAGAACAGUUAUGAGAAACUUGUUGCUGAGAUGAAGUCACACUAUGCUAAAGAGAGACUUUGUGCAAAGGAAGUGGUGGAGGGAGGUUUUUAUGGAGUGCAGGAAGAGGAUGAAUAUCAUCGGGUGUGUGUGACCAAAGUGCCAGAGAAAGGAGAUCGACUGUUUAACAGCGUCACAGCUCGGUUUGUGGAUGUAGGACAUACACAGGAAGUGAAGUCACAUCAGCUUCUGCAGCUUCCCUCACAGUUUCACAGCUUACCUGGUCAGGCUGUUGAAGUCAUCCUGUGCAGGACUCAACCCAUUGAUGGAGAGAUGGACUGGAACCCAAAGGUUACCAGAGCGAUCAGUCAGAAAAUCAAAGGAAAAAUACAUCACGCCAAGGUGGUGAUGUGUCUGGGCAACACUGUGUGGGUCGAUCCGAUGGUGUGCAUGACGCGUAUGCCAGGUAUGAAGAUCUUCAUAAACGAGUAUAACGUCCAUGCGGAGAUUGUGGCCACUGGAAUGGGCACCGCAAACCCUCAGCAUCUAGAGCUGCUGCGAUCACUGUGUCAGAGAGACGAGGCCUCUGAUGUAGCGCUGCUCAGUGACAGCAAUGGCUGUGAGAGUGAGAUGUCGUCUCUGGAACGGACGGUUCAGGCUGCUGCAGAAGCUCUGGCCAGUCGGGUGAAAGCUGAAUCCUGUGAACCCUUUCAAAACACAUCCCAGAUCACUGAACCUAAUAGAGGACAAAGUAAGGUCUCUUUGAAAGCCUGGCUAGAUGCUGAACACGGGGUUAAAUCUGCUGAAUCUGUAGCUCAGAACUGGACUCCUGCUCUUUCUAACAACACAGAUGAAGGCAGGAUCAAAGACGAGGUCCUGCUCUCUGGCCAUACACAGAAUAUUGUUGUACCAAAAAGUCUUCAGCCACAGAUUAAGUGGUUUGAAGAAGAACAAUCAGUUACCCUGAAAAUCAAACUUAACAACCCCAUGAUGCAGAAGUGUGAGUUCUUCUCUGACAGAGUGAUUUACAGUGCAUAUGUAAACAGCCGCCAUUACUGUGUCAGUCUGGAGCUACACGGUGACAUCAGCACAGAACAAUGCACAUGGAAAAUGGAGUGCAGUGAACCAGUAAUCAAACUGGUGAAGAAAGAGAAAGGAGAGUGGAAGUCACUGCUUAAAUACAAGAGUGCUUUUGUAAGCUAUGAUUUUGACCACAUUGGAGAUGAAGAAAUUUCUCCCUCAAAUGGAUGUUGGUUCGUGGGGAGCACAGGAGAAGAAGGCUGCUACAGGGAUUCAGAGCGUGAGAGUGAGAGCGACUGAUCAGACUUGGUUGUUUGUGUGUAUAAGAGAUUUACACCCCC